AUGCUUACCUUCUUCUACAUCCAGGUCUAUGCGACAGAGGUAUUGGGGAUCUCCGAAGAAUCCGGUGCGACAUUGAUAAUCAUCAUUAACGCCCUCGGUAUUCCCGUCCGAGCCCCCCUGGGAUACUUGACCGAUCACUACAUUGGUCCCCUCAACUGCCUCAUUCCUUGCGUGGCCCUUUGUGGCAUUAUGAUAUUUGCCUGGGCUGCCGCAGCAGCGAUGGCCUUGUUUGUUGGGACAAAGCCCUCAUUGACGAAAGACCUUGAUAAGAUUGGCACGCGAGUUGGCAUGGCCCUGACCAUUAUGAGCUUUGGCCCGUUGACUGGGUCCUCUGUGGCGGGGACAUUGAUAGCGCGCACCGGUGGGGAGUACCUGGCUGCGCAGAUGUGGGCAGGAGCCGCGUUGAUCGUGGCGGUCUUCGCUCUGGUCGGAGCACGAGUGAUCAUUUCGGGACCACGUGUUUGGGCAAAGCUUUGA